AUGGGUGAGGAAGAACAAGCCAGACCUUUGUCAGUCGCCACCCCAACACGUACCGGCGACGAAGAAGACGUUUCGGUCGAUUCAAAGAAAAAGCUCCGACGUAAGAGAUGUAUCCAGUGCUGUGGGUGUGUAUCAAUUUCGAUACUGAUCGUGGUUAUAAUCCUUAUAAUCCUAAUCUUCACCGUCUUCAAAGUCAAAGAUCCAACUAUGAGUCUCAAUUCAGUUUCGUUCGAUCACAUAUCCGUCAGUAACGCAACCACACCAUCCACUACUCCACCAAACUUACCUGCCACCACCACAACCACCAAUCCCAGCAUCAACGCCACCAUGACAGCAGACAUGUCCGUCAAAAACCCAAACAUCGCUUCUUUUAAAUUCAAUCCCGCCACCACUAUUCUCUACUAUUACGGUUCCGAAAUCGGUAAUGCAAAAAAUCCGGCAGGUAACGCAAAGGCUAAAAAGACUAUGCAGAUGAACCUCACCAUUUCUCUUUUCAUCGAAGCUGACUCAUCGACACCAACUAAACUUGAACACCUGACGAGCGAUCUGAGUUCAGGGCAAAUGACGAUGAGUAGCUAUACAGUGUUGGAUGGGCGAGUGAAUGUGUUAAAUAUCUUCAAGAAGAAUAUCGAAAUCAAGAUGAACUGUACCAUGACUAUUCUCAUUUCAACCACUGCCAUGUCCCUUAAAGAUAUGCAGUGUACUAAUCAAGUCAAGCUCUAG